GAAGAGCUAACAUCUAAUAAGUGUAACAGAAUGUGUUUAAAAAAAGCCAUUGAUAUUUGUAAACCAAAUGAGAAUUUUUCUAGCAUAGGAUGUAUUAUUGAAGCAACAGCAGAUAAAUAUGGAUAUUCGGUAAUUCCAGCAUUUGCUGGGAAUGGUAUAGGUACUUACUUUCAUGGACCACCAGAUAUUUUCCAUUUUGCAAAUUAAUUUGCUGGAAAGAUGUUACUGAGACAUUUCUAUAGACCAGUUUUAAGUCGGGGUAGCAAAGAAGUGAUUUUAGAAGACGGUUGA